AUGAGCAGAAGGUGGAUACAGAACCCAAAUAGAUGCGUAGACGAAUACUUGGAUGUAAUCGAGGAUUUUAUUGAGUUUGCACGUAGACACAACCCGAGUGCAACUAGAAUCCGUUGUCCUUGUAGGAGGUGUAACAACACGUUGUGGGAGACAAUUGAAAAUUUUGAAUUUCAUUUAGUAAGGAAUAGAAUGAUUGAGACAUAUAGCAUUUGGAACCUUCACGGAGAACAAUUAGAUUAUGUUUCGUCUUCAAAUGCCACAAGAGUGGACAAUGUUGAACCUAUUGUGGAUCCUAAUGAACAAGUCAUGGAUAUUAUAAAUGAUAUUUUUCCAUUUGCAUCGACCAACAUCAAUCAGGAAUGGGAAGAUGACGUGCCUACCCCAAUAGACAGUACAGAGUUCGAACAAUAUGAACAACUGUUAAAAAAUGUCAACCAAGAGUUAUACCCAGGUUGCAAGAGUUUUUCCGUUCUCACGGCCAUUGUGGAGCUAAUGCACGGAAAAAUAAAGUAUCACAUGAGAUGGCAUAAGGAAAAACGGGUAGACGACGAUGUGAUGCGUCAUCCUGCAGAUGGGGAGGCAUGGAAAGCGUUCGAUCGAACAUUCCCCGAGUUUGUUGUUGAUCCCCGAAAUGUUAGAUUAGAACUUGCAACUGACGGAUUCAAUCCAUACGGGGUUCUAAACCAACACCACAGCACUUGGCCGAUUUUCGUAUUCCCAUAUAAUUUACCGCCUUGGAAAUGCAUGAAAAAAGAGUACAUGAUGAUGACAGUUUUUAUAACUGAGGAUCCUGGCAGGUCAAUCGAUGUUUAUUUACUACCGUUGGUGGAUGAGCUCAAUGAUUUAUGGACAAACGGUGUGCGCACCACAAAGGGUUAUAUGGCAUGUCCUGUAUGCAAGGAAGAUAUAACUUCUAGUUGGCACGCUAGAAAAGUUUGUUACCUUGGUCAUCGGAGAUGGUUACCAUGGGACCAUGAGUGGCGGGAAAAUGAUAAAGAGUUUGAUAGGAACACAGAGCGUCGCCUCAUACCUAGAGAAUGGUCCUGUGAUGAGAUCUUGGAACAGCUUAACAGUUUGGAUUUUGCUCCGUUCGGAAAAACAGUUAGUUGGACCAGACCUUCUGCACAUUUGAACUGGACGCACAAGUCUAUGUUCUUUGAGCUUCCAUAUUGGUCGAAACUAAAAUUGAGGGACAAUCUCGACGUUAUGCAUGUUAAGAAAAAUGUAUUUGACACAUUGAUGGGUAUGAUUCUAGAUAUCAAGGGCAAGACAAAGGACACCAUCAAAGCUCGUCUUGAUUUGGAAAAAAUGGGCAUACGAAGGGGUUUAUGGAUGAAUAGGGACAGUGAUAAAGCUAGAAGGGAUCUUGCAUUUUUUUCCAUGAAACCGAAUGACAGAAAAGAUUUUCUAAAGUUUGUUUCAUCUGUAAAGUUUCCUAAUGGGUAUGCUUCUAAUAUCGCACGUUGCAUAAAUGUUGACGAGGGUAAAUUUGCUGGACUAAAGAGCCAUGACUGCCAUGUAUUUAUGCAACGCCUACUUCCUGUGGCAAAAACGUUGCGAAAGAUAGACUUUCAUCAGUUGCGCCAUGACAUUGUCCAAGUCCUAUGCAAGUUUGAAAUGAUAUUCCCUCCAGCGUUCUUCAUAAGUAUGAUCCACGUGAUGGUUCACUUGCUAGAAUAUGCAUUGCUUGCUGGUCCUGUCAACUGUCAUUGGAUGUAUCCAAUAGAAAGGCUUCUCGGAGAGCUGAAAAAAAUUGUACGCAAUAGGGCGAAGCCCGAAGGCUCAAUUAUAGAGGCUUGGGUUCAAUAUGAGUCGUUGACUUUCGGUGGAAUGUAUUUAAAAGAUGUGGAGACGGCUUUCAAUCUACCUCAGCGCAAUAAUGAUGGAGGUGUGAGAAAUGAAAAACUUUCUGUUUUUGCCCAAAGCGCACGACCCUUUGGAGAUCCUGCACGAGGAUAG